AUGAAUUCCUAAUUACCAUAAAAUUUACCUUCUUAGACCAAAGACUACUUUGGUAAUGAAUAAAAUCAAGUAAAAAACUAUGAAGCUUACAGGCCAAAAUAUCCUAACGAGAUAAUUAGUUUAAUGAAAGAAACUGCAGAGUCAGGAGACAAAAAAGCUUAUUUAGAUAUUGCUUGUGGUACUGGAUAACUACUAUUUCAGCUUUAAAAUCAUUUUGAAAAAUCAAUUGGUACAGAUAUAUCAGAAAAAUAAUUGAGUGUAGUUGAAGAGUUAAUCAAGAGCAACAACUUAUCAAAUUCUGUUUAUUCUAUUAAGGCUGAUUGCCAUCAACUCCCUAAUAUAUUGCAAGAAAAAAACCUACCUACUAAAUUUGAUUUGAUUACUGUUGGGUAAGCAUUGCAUUGGUUUGAUGUGCAUCCUUUCCUAAAAAUGGUAGGAAAAGAUCUCUUAAAACCUGAUGGAAGCCUUAUAAUUGCGUCUUAUUAUUUCAAAACAUAUGAUUAUAAUUUUGAUAAUGAGGAAAUGAGUUAAAGAGCAGCAAGCAAUUACCUCAGCAUUUUUGAAGAAAAAACCUAUCCUCUUUAUUAAUUUGAUUGUAACGAACUAAUAUAAGGUUAUCCAAAUUAUAGAUUUAAUGAAAUUUACAAAUUCGUUAAGAAAAUAGAAUAAAUUUAAAAGAUCCCUGCAACUGUUGAUUAAUUUAUCAACUUUAUUAAAACAUUCUCAGCUUACAACACAUACGUAGAGCUUAACUCUUAAAAUGAAGGGUAUUUAGAUCCAGCUGAAUAAUUAAGAAUUCAAAUAGAAAAAGACAUUGAAGAGUACUUAACUAAAAAUAAUUUACAACAGAGACCUCAACAACCUUUGAAAAUUGAGAGCUACUUCCAUUUAAGAUUAUUAAAAUAAUUUAUUUGA